AACCCUCCUUCACUCCCAGUGUCAUCAGAUUGCUGUCUGAGAAAGUCCCACUGCAAGAGGCUCUGGGGCCUUAUUUCCUUCUUUCACCCUGUGUAGGUUGCCAGCAAGCCCCAAGGGCCCUCUGAGACAGCCUGGGUGAGGUCCCACCAGGUGCUUCAGAGAUGAACUCCUGUAUCAUCGUCCUGAGGCUGCUGCUGUCUGGGCCUUUUCUCUUUGCUCUGGCCUCGAGCUACAACCUGGAUGUGCGGCAUGUGCAAAACUUGAACUUCCCAGACGCCGGGAGGCACUUUGGGUACCAGGUCCUGCAACUUGGAUACGGGGUUGUCGUGGGAGCUCCAGGCGAGGGCAACAGCACAGGAAACCUCUAUCAGUGCCAGCCGGACACUGGUCACUGCCAGGCAGUGAAUCUAAAGGGUUCAAACUAUACCUCUAAGUACCUGGGAAUGACUUUGGCAGCAGACCCCGCCGACGGAAGCCUUUUGGCCUGUGACCCUGGGCUGUCUCGGACAUGUGACCAGAAUAUCUAUCUAAGUGGUCUGUGUUACCUCUUCCAGCACAAUCUGAGUGGUCCUAUGCUGCAGGGACGCCCUGGUUAUCAGGAAUGUCUAAAGGGCAAUGUAGACCUGGUGUUCCUGUUUGAUGGCUCAUUGAGCUUGCAGCCAGAUGAAUUUCAGAAAAUCGUGGCGUUCAUGAAGGAUGUAAUGAAGAAACUUAGCAACUCUUCCUACCAGUUUGCGGCUGUUCAGUUUUCAACAGAAUGCAAAACAGAAUUUAAUUUCUUGGAUUAUGUGAAGUUGAAGAACCCAGAUGCUCUGCUGGCCAACGUGGAACACAUGGGAGGCUUGACCAACACCUUUCGUGCCAUCAACUAUGUCGUGAAGGAGGUGUUCCAGCAAGACCUGGGGGCCCGGCCAGAUGCCACCAAAGUGCUUAUCAUCAUCACUGAUGGGGAAGCCAGUGACGGUGGGAACAUCUAUGCGACCGAAGAUAUUGUUCGCUACAUCAUUGGGAUUGGAAAGUAUUUUAAAACCCAGAAAAGUCAAGAGACGCUCCACAAAUUUGCCUCAAAACCCACAAAAGAAUUUGUAAAGAUUCUGGACACAUUCGAGAAGCUUAAAGAUCUAUUCACGGAGCUGCAAAAGAAGAUCUAUGUCAUUGAGGGCACAAGCAAACAGGACCUGACAUCCUUUGACAUGGAGCUGUCAUCUAGCGGGAUCAGCGCUGACCUCAGCAGGGGCCGUGGCAUCGUGGGGGCCGUUGGAGCCAAGGACUGGGCUGGGGGCUUUCUCGACCUGAACUCUGACCUGCAGGACGAUGUGUUUGUUGGGAAUGAACCACUGACACCAGAAGUGAGAGCAGGAUACCUGGGGUACUCGCUGGCCUGGCUGCCCUCCCGAGAGCUCAUGUUGCUGCUGGCAGCUGGAGCCCCCCGGUACCAGCAUGUGGGGCGGGUGCUGUUGUUUCAGGAGACAGACAAAAGGCAAUGGAGCCAGAUCCAGAAAAUAGAUGGGACCCAGAUCGGCUCUUACUUUGGCGGUGCGUUGUGUGGCAUUGACAUGGACCAAGAUGGGGAGACAGAGCUGCUGCUGAUUGGAGCCCCCCUGUUCUAUGGGGGACAGAGAGGAGGCCGGGUGUCUAUCUACCAGAAAAAACAGCUGGGGUUCGAAAUGGUCACAGACCUGCAGGGGAAUGCUGGCUACCCCCUUGGGCAGUUUGGAGCAGCCAUCGCAGCCCUGGCAGACCUCAAUGGGGAUAGGCUGAUGGACGUGGCUGUGGGAGCCCCUCUAGAAGAGAGGGGGGCUAUGUACAUCUUCAAUGGGCAGCCUGGCGGGUUGAACCCCCGGCCCAGUCAGCGGAUAGAAGGGAGCCAGGUGUCCCCAGGAAUUCGAUGGUUUGGACGCUCCAUCCAUGGAGUGAAGGACCUUGGAGGGGAUGGCUUGGCAGAUGUGGCUGUUGGGGCCGAGGGUCAGGUGAUUGUGCUGAGCUCCCGGCCCGUGGUGGACAUUGUCACUCAGAUAUCCUUCUCCCCGGCUGAGAUCCCCGUGCAUGAAGUAGAAUGCUCCCACUCAGCCAGCAUCCAGAAGAAGGAAGGCGUCAACAUCACGGUCUGUUUCCAGGUCAAGCCUCUCCUCCCCCAGUUCCAAGGGCCCCUGGUUGCCAACCUCACCUACACACUGCAGCUGGAUGGCCAUCGGUCCAGAAGCCGGGGGUUGUUUCCAGGAGGGAGACCUGAACUCGGCGGCCACACAGCUGUCACCCCAGUCAGGUCCUGCACUGAGUUCUGGUUCCACUUCCCGGUGUGCAUUCAAGACCUCAUCUCUCCCAUCAAUGUCUCCCUAAAUUACUCUUUCUUGGAGGAAGAAGGAACACCAGGGGACCAAAGGAUGCAGGUCAAGAACGUAAAGCCCAUCCUGAGACCCUCGCCACACUCUGAGACCAAGGAGAUCCCUUUUGAGAAGAACUGUGGAGAAGACAAGAAAUGUGAGGCAAACCUGGCACUGUCCUUCACCCCUGCAAGAUCCAGGGUCCUGCGUCUGACCCCCUCUGCCAGCCUCUCCGUGGAGCUAACACUGAAUAACUUGGAAGAAGACGCUUACUGGGUCCGGCUCCGCCUGAGCUUCCCCCGGGGACUGUCCUUCCGCAAAGUGGAGAUGCUCAAGCCUCACAGCCAGAUACCUGUGAGUUGUGAGGAGAUUGCUGAUGAGGCUGAGCUUCUGAUGAAGAGCCUGUCUUGCAACGUGAGCUCUCCCAUCUUUAAAGCAGGCAGCUUGGUUGUUAUCCAGGUCAUGUUUCACACGCUGCUGGACAGCUCCUGGGAGGACUUUGUGAAGCUGCAGGCCAAUGUGAGCUGUGACAAUGAGGACUCAGGCCUCCUGGAAGACAACUCAGACACCACCAGCAUUCCAGUACUGUACCCCAUCAAAAUCCUCACCGAGGACCAAGAAAACUCCACUCUCUACAUCAGUCUGACCUCCAAGGGACCCAAGGUCCACUAUGUCAACCACAUCUACCAGGUGAGGAUUCAGCCGUUUGCCCAUGACCGCCAUGUGCCCGCCCUGGAGGCCUUGAUUAGGGUGCCACCACCAUAUCACAAUGAGAGGCCCAUCACCCACACGUGGAAUGUGCAGAUGGAUCCUCCUGUCCCCUGCCACUUUGAGAAUCUGGAGAGGCCACCCAGUGUGGCUGAGCAGCCUUGUGUGCCGGGAGGCCAGUUCCGCUGCCCCAUCAUUUUCAAGCAACAGGACAUCUUCGUCCAAGUGAUGGGAACUGUGAAGCUGAUGGAGAAGAUCGAGGCGGCCUCCAUGCUCAGCCUCUGCAGCUCCCUGGCCGUCUCCUUCAACAGCAGCAGGCACUUCCACCUGUACGGCAGCAACGCCUCUGUGGCCCAGGUCAUCAUGAAGGUUGACAUCAUAUACGAGAAGGAAAUGCUCUACCUCUACGUGCUGAGUGGCAUUGGGGGGCUGCUGCUGUUGCUCCUGAUUUUCCUGGUGCUCUACAAGGUUGGCUUCUUCAAACGGAACCUGAAGGAGAAGAUGGAGGCGACUGCGGAUGCCUCCAGUGGAAUCCCUGGAGAAGAGUCUGGGCAGCCAGAGUCGAAGGAAGAGGCUGUGGAUCCAGGCUGCCUGGAUCCGCUCCAUGGAAAGGAGACCCAGGAUGGAGGUGGCAUGGACUGAGGCCCAGGCCUGAGGUGAGGGCCCAGGGCUGGACUCAGGGUGCCUGGUGCCGGUCGCCUCUCCCUGCAUGUCACUCAGUGUCCUCUGGCAAGUCACUGCCCCUUCCUACGCCUCAGUUUUUCUGUCUUGAACCUGGAACUCACUCCUGCCUGCCUCCUUUGCAGGGUCAUAGUGAGGGUUUACUGAGUGAGGGGCCAGGAAGGCUAUUAAGGGGAAGCCUUGGAGUUCUUAGAUGGCCGCGGCUUCCACCAGCCCCUCGUGGUUUCCUCCCCUGAAAAAGAAUGUCGGAUCUAAAUGUGGAAACUCGAGUCACAGGACCUAGUGACACCCCCAAUCCUCUCAUCCUCCUGCCCUUGGAAGCCCAGAGCCUUGCCCCAAAUGUUUACCUGCCCAGAGCCCAGCCAGCUGUCCAUUCACCUGUCACAGAGCAGUCCUGAUCUGUGUCACUACAUCCUACUGCAGACCCCUUGCUCUUUGGCUAAAGACCCAAUUCCUUAAUAUGACUUCCAGAAUCUGCAAAAUACCUUUAAUAUGCCAAUAUGAGGGCCAGCCGACUGGCUCAGUUUGUUAAGAGCUCGCUCAAGAGUGCAGCUCUGAGCAACAGGGUCACCAGUUUGAUUCCCGG